AAAAACCCAAUAAAAAAAGAGAGGGAGGAAAGGAAGGAAAGGAGAAAAACAGCCGCAACAGUGGCAGGCGAGACGAGGAAGAGGAAGAACUGCCCAGCCGUACCCUCCAUACAAUCCAAAGUACCGAAAACCAAGGGCGGGCGGGGACGGCGUAGGCGCACGCGCACGCGCACGCGCACACGCGCUCCAAUCUCCAACACCCCUCUUCUCUCUCCUCACUCCUCCCUCGCUUGUCGGCUUGUCGCUCCGCUUCUCCCCAGCAGCUGAGACAGCUAGAGCAGAGCCCCCUUCACACCAAAAAUUUCCUCUUUGCGUCGCGCCCCGUCAGCUGAGUCCCCGCGGAUGGGCUCGGUCUCGCGGGGCUAGGGUUUGGUCGGUCGUCUCGUCGGCGUCGAGGGCGCCGGCGCUGCUAGCUAGUAGUAGCUCGCUCGCGCUAGGGUUCUCAGGAGCCAUGGUGAUGCAGCGCUUCUCGUGGCCGUACGGAGGCCGGAGCGCCUCCUUGUGCGGCAGCUUCACCGGGUGGAGGGAGUAUCCCAUGGGGCUGGUCGGGGCCGAGUUCCAGGUCGUCUUCGAUCUGCCUCCCGGGGUUUACCAGUACCGGUUUUUGGUUGAUGGUGUCUGGAGGUGUGAUGAGACGAAACCCUUUGUAUGUGAUGAAUAUGGACUGAUCAGCAAUGAAGUGCUUGUGGAAAACAAUGUGCAACCUGUUGUGCAGCCAGAGCCUUCUAUCAGAGGAACUAAUUUGGAUGAGGGUACCGUUUUGACAACAAUGCCCCCGGAGUCAUCAUCUCAGAACCCAGGCGUGCAAAUAGCAGUUUUCCGCCAUGUGGUCUCUGGAAUAUUAUUACACAAUACCAUAUAUGAAGUUGUUCCUCUUUCUAGCAAGUUAGCAGUUUUGGACACUCAGCUACCUGUUAAACAGGCAUUUAAAAUAAUGCAUGACGAGGGUCUUGCUCUGGUUCCUCUUUGGGAUGACCAUCAGGGAACCAUAACAGGCAUGCUCACUGCAUUAGAUUUUGUAUUAAUGUUGAGAAAGUUGCAGAGAAAUAUUCGAGUUACUGGCAAUGAAGAGCUUGAAAUGCAUCCCAUUUCUGCUUGGAAAGAAGCAAAGCUACAGUUUUAUGGUGGGCCUGAUGGUGCUGCCAUGCAGAGAAGGCCAUUAAUCCAUGUUAAGGAUUCCGAUAGUUUGGCGGAUGUGGCACUGACUAUAAUCAGAAAUGAAAUAUCUUCAGUUCCUAUCUUUAAGUGCAUGCCAGAUUCAUCAGGAGUGCCUUUCCUUAAUCUUGCAACCCUCCAGGGGAUUUUGAAAUUUCUUUGCUCGAAGCUACAAGAACAGGCUGGAGGCUGUUCCCUUCUGCACAAUCAGCUUCUCAGCAUUCCUAUUGGUACAUGGUCUCCACAUACGGGGAGGUCAAGUAGCAGGCAUCUCAGAACUUUGCUACUGAGUUCUCCUUUAAAUACCUGCCUGGAUUUUCUGCUUGAAGAUAGAGUAAGCUCAAUUCCUAUAGUUGAUGACAAGGGAGCGCUCCAUGAUGUUUACUCACUCAGUGACAUCAUGGCUCUGGCGAAGAAUGAUGUUUAUGCUCGCAUCGAACUUGAACAAGUGACUGUGCAAAAUGCUUUGGAUGUGCAAUACCAGGUGCAUGGUCGACGACAGUGUUAUACUUGUUUACAGACAAAUACCUUGCUGGAAGUCUUAGAGGGAUUGUCUAUUCCAGGAGUUCGACGGCUUGUUGUUAUUGAACAAAGUACCAGAUUUGUGGAAGGAAUCAUCUCAUUGAGAGACAUAUUUACAUUUCUCCUUGGAUAGCAUCUGUGUAGCCAUUCCAUACAUGAAAAAGCUUGUUGUACUUGGUUCAAACGAAAUAAAAAGGUUACAAAUGUGAUAGCCAUCUUCUAUCUUCCUUCUUGAUUUGGUUCAUAUUAUACCGCAGACACUACAUAAUUGAGUUGCACCGAAGGAAAGAACAGGUAGGUGCUGCAGGAUGGAGAAGUGUUCAGGUGAUUGUUUCCUGCUCGACCAGUCCAGCCGCCAAUUAUUUGCAGGCUUCCAGAAUUGUUACUUGCAAGUUAGGAGCUUGACUACCUUUUUAAGAACUUGAUUUUUCUGUGGUUGUAUUCUUUGAACAUUGAUACAGGCUACAGAAUCAUUUUCAUAGGAUCUUUGAAACAGGGGGAUUUUUUGAAGGAAAUGAAUCUCGUGGAUUUUUCUUCCUUGGAAUGAAGUCGAAGGACCUCUUCAAAUGCGAGCAUAUAUAUCUUUUUUUUGUGGAAACAUGAACGACGUCAUGCAAAUGAUUUUCUUGAAGCAUUGCUGUCAUUCCAGUUCUAUAAGAUUUGAAGUGUUUCUGUACAAUUACAAUGCUUUUCAUGACCCCAUUUGGUUUUGCUUUCUGUUUUCAAACAACUCUGAGAUUUGGCUCAUGAGAAUUGUAUAUGUUCAAUUAUCAGUGCAUCUUGGUGUGAGUGACAUUAGGCAACGGAAUUUUGUUAUGAAAGACUGAACUGUACAAGAAAUUGCUAUCAUAAGGAAAGCGAAUUAAGGAAUUUUGGUU